UUCAAUUUAUAUUCCGGGUUUUGUUUUAAUUCCUAAAUCAAAGCAAUUUGUAUUUAGAUUUUCAAACUGAAAAAUGCGGUUCACUAAAAAAGCUUCAGCUGUUCUAUCUAUUGCUCGAUCACAAAGACGUCUGUUUGCUGUAAAAUCCGGGGGUACAGACAAAGCAGAUGUUAAAACGAAAGAUUUGUGGAAAGACUAUCCAAUGGUUGACUAUAGUUUCGAUGCUAUUGUUGUUGGUGCAGGUGGAGCUGGUUUAAGGGCGGCUUUAGGCUUAGCUAAGGAAGGUUUUAAAACAGCUGUUGUAACUAAACUCUUUCCUACACGUUCACAUACAGUGGCUGCGCAAGGAGGAAUUAAUGCGGCUUUAGGAAAUAUGGAAGAAGAUGAUUGGCGAUACCAUUUUUACGAUACAGUUAAAGGGUCCGAUUGGUUGGGCGAUCAGGAUGCUAUUCACUAUAUGUGUAGAGCUGCACCUCAAGCUGUUUUAGAGCUAGAAAAUUGGGGAAUGCCUUUCUCGCGCACUGCUGAUGGUAAAAUUUAUCAACGUGCUUUUGGCGGCCAAACCCUUAAAUACGGUAAAGGCGGUAUGGCGCAUAGAGCAUGCGCUGUUAGUGACCGAACUGGCCAUGCCCUAAUUCAUACACUCUAUGGCCAAUCGCUGUCGUUUGAUUGUCAGUAUUUUGUCGAAUGUUUUGCCUUAGAUUUGCUAUUCGAAAAUUGCAAGUGUUGUGGAAUUAUUGCCUGGAAUCUAGAAAAUGGUUUGAUAUAUCGAUUUCGAGCACCGAAUACAGUGAUUGCUACGGGAGGCAGUGGUCGCACAUAUUUUUCGACAACUGAUGGUCACACUUGUACUGGAGAUGGUACGGCAAUGAUAGCCCGCAAGGGCUUACCACUUCAAGAUAUGGAGUUUGUACAAUUUCAUCCCACUGGUAUAUAUGGAGCAGGUUGUCUUAUUACGGAAGGCGUGCGAGGUGAAGGUGGAUUUUUUCUUAAUUCUAAAGGAGAGCGUUUCAUGGAACGUUAUGCUCCCAAAGCAAAAGAUUUAGCUUCGCGCGAUGUAGUAGCUCGAGCAAUGACUCUCGAGGUAUUGAACGGCAAUGGCUGUGGUCCAGAAAAAGAUCAUGUUCAUUUGCAACUACACCACUUACCGCAAGAUGUUAUUCUAAAACGACUUCCUGGUAUAGUAGUUACUGCUAAAAUAUUUGCUAAUGUGGAUGUUAUGAAGGAUCCUGUUCCAGUAUUACCAACCGUACAUUAUAACAUGGGUGGUAUUCCCACUAAUUUUAAGGGCCAAGUAAUAAGUAUUGAUGAUAACGGUAAAGACAUCAUAAUACCGGGUUUGUAUGCUUGUGGAGAAUGUUCUUGUGCUUCAGUGCAUGGAGCUAACCGACUGGGUGCCAAUUCACUUUUGGAUUUGCUGGUCUUCGGCAAAGCGUGUGCUGAUGCUAUUGCUGAGAAUAAUAAACCCGGAGAGCCACUACCACCACUUGAACAAACAACAGGCGAAUAUUCAAUUGCCAAGCUAGAUAAAUUGCGCCACAGUAAAGGCAAUAUACCACCAGCAACGAUACGCACAAAAAUGCAAAAAAUCAUGACUAAACAUGCAGCAGUAUUUCGCGAAGGUAAACUAUUAAUAGAGGGUUGCAAACUAAUACAAGAAACCUAUAAGGAAUUUAAUAAUGUUAAAGUUGUGGAUAAAAGUAUGAUUUGGAAUACAGAUCUAAUGGAAACACUCGAAUUACAAAACCUACUAACUAAUGCCAUAGCAACAGUCACAUCUAUGGAACAUCGCAAAGAAUCAAGAGGUGCUCAUUCCCGUGAAGAUUUUAAGCUUCGUAUUGAUGAAUACGAUUAUACGAAAGAUGUUAAAGGUCAAACGAAGAAACCCUUGGAUCAACACUGGCGUAAACAUUUACUAAUUUGGUGUGAGGGCAAUGGCAAAACCACCAUCAAAUAUAGACCUGUUAUCGAUAAAGUACUGGAUGAUUCGGUUGAAGCAUUACCACCUGCACCUAGAACCUAUUAGAUAUGUCUUAUCUUUUCAAGUUUUCUAUUACUGUUACUUAUGUUUAUUAAUUUAUUUAUGUUCUUUGUUAUUAUUUGUGUUGUUCAAUAAAUAAAUUAUUUAAAU